AUGUCCCACGCAAGGAUAGAAGAAGUGGAGGACAGCGACCUCGAAAUGUCGGACCCUUCAGAGGAUGACAUUGACGACUUUGCAGAAACCGACAUCCUGCGGUCGCGCUCCAACAAGCCGCAACAGCCUGCACCAGCAGACGCAAGAUCCCACAUCCUCGACCCCAGCCGCAUCCCCUCCGUGUCCAGCGGCCCGCCCACCGCCGGCGCCGCAGGCUCCUACUCGAUCCCGACAGCGACGUCGACCAAGGCCUAUGCAGGGUUCCAGUGCCUGUACCCCAUCUACUUUGACGCCUCGCGCACGCGCGCCGAGGGCCGGCGCGUGCCCAAGGAGCUGGCCGUGUCGAACCCGCUGGCGAGGGAGAUUGUCAACGCCUGCCGCGACCUGCGGGUGCAGACGCUGUUCGAGCCCGAGAAGAUGCACCCGCGCGACUGGGCCAACCCGGGCCGGGUCAAGGUGCAGCUCAAGGGCGACGCGGGCGCCGCCGCGGGCGUCAAGAACAAGCACCAGCUGUACAUCCUCGUCGCCCAGCACCUGCGCAACAACCCGACGACGGAGAAGAGCGCCGUGCUCUGGGAGCGCAUCCCUGGUGGCCCGCCCCCGCCCGAGAGGUCAAAGGGGUACCCGCGGCCGGCGGUCCCGCGGGGCUGGAAGAUGGGCGACAUGCUGCCGUACUACAGCCCUGCCAUGACCGGCGGCGGGGUCAGCGAGAAUCUGUUCAAGGACAUGAUGAAGGAGAUGCAGGGUGGUGGUGGGAUGCCUGGGUUGCCGGGAGCAGGUGCUGGCGGGAGCGGGAAUGUGAGCGAGGACGGCGCCGGGAAGAAAAAGAAGGGCAAGGGAAAGGGGAAAGCUUGA